UCUAAUCUGGAAGGUGGCCACGCCUAGGUGCUCUGUGGCGCGGCCGCGCGUUGUCGUCGGCGACACUGGCCGCUCGUUGUUCCCGGCGCAGCUGAUCGGCCCCGCUGCGUUGUCAUGUGGGACGAACCCCUGAAACGCUGCCGUUCCUCGGCCCUGAAUAGCCCGUUCCUCGUGGAGCGUGUUCAAAACUAUUUCGGCGUUUACCGGUUGUCGGCGCCGAAAAACGACUCCGUGCCCAACGGCGUGCAACGCAACGGCUACACAAGUGCGGCGGUGGUGGGUCACGCCUCAGUGCCCUGCCGCGUCGAGCUGCCCGUGUGGUAUUACGUGUUCCGCUUCGGAUCGCUGUUGGGUUACGAGGCAUUCUACGCGACGUUCUUCCCGUUCAUCCUGUGGAACUGGGACGCCGUGGUGUGCCGGCGCGUGCUGCUCGUGUGGGCGCUGGUGAUGUACUGCGGCGGGCUGACCAAGGACCUGUUGCGCUGGCCCCGGCCCGCCUCCCCGCCGGUCGUCCAGCUGGACCGGGCCUACGCGGCCGAGUUCGGCAUGCCCUCCACGCACGCGAUGACCGGUGCCUCCGUGCCCUUCGGGCUGCUGCUCUGGACGCAGCAGCGAUACCAGUUACUCUACAGCCACCUGCCACAAACCAGAGCAUUAAGAGAACCAGGGGCCAAUGAGGAAGCAACACAGCCCUUGGCUUUGCAUGCCAACAAGGAGUUGGUGUGCAGCAUCCACACUUCCGCGUUGAACACUGAACAGCUGAGCAUCUGGAAAACAUUGAAUAAGUGGUAUUCACCUCCGAGCAACCCUGUGCUCCUGCAGUCUAUGCCUCAGCACAUCUGCACAGCAUGCGGGUAA